GUACGGGCGCGACUGCCUGCCGAUGCACCUGCCGCACGUGGACGGGUGCAACCGCACGCACGGCAUGCCGCUGCUGAGCCACACGGCGACGCGCAGCCUGACGCCAACGGGGACGCCGAGUCUGAGCACGACGCACUACAGUCCGACGCAGUACAGUUCGACGGAGAGUUUGCAGGUGACGGAGACGGUGGCGCCGCCGCCCACGCGGACCCCGACGGCAUCGGUGAGCAGCACGCUGUGGUGGAGCGACGUGGCGUGCCCGACGCUCGCCGUGACGACGACGGCGGCUGGUGGGAAACUGACGCAGAACGACAUUCGCGGCGGUGGGAGCGCCGUCCCGACAUGGCUAAUGGUGGCGCUGCCGCCACCGUUUCGUUGGGCACGCGACCCGCGGCUCGGCACGCACCUGAGCUUUGUGCCGGUGUCCACGGCGCAGCCGAGCGGGUUUGGUGGUCCGUGGGGAGCGAUGCUGAGCAACGCGACGUGGGAGCGCAACGCGACGAAUCCGUCCACCGUCCUGGAGCUGGCUGUGCCCGUGCACCGCGGUUACUUCAUUGCUGUCGACGAGACGAUAGUCAUUCGCUGCGACGCUGCGGCGGUGUUCGGCGGCUGCAAGGGUGUGCUGCUUGGGUCCUUCACGAUCAGGUUGAACACGCUGCCCGCCGCUGCCAGCGCCCUCUCGGCGAUCACCGGCGUUGUUGCGGGUGCGGCGGCUGUUGCCGUGGUGGUGACCGGCGGGCUGGGUUCCAUUCUGGAGAUGCAGGCGCUCGGCGUGUUCGCGAGGAUGCCGUGCGCCUCGGCGCGGGAGCGUGCGAGCACCGUUGCGCUGCCGUACUUCCUGUCGGUGUUCGCUGCCCUUGACCCGCUGUGGAUGGUGGUGGGCAACGCGCUGCUCGCCGCAGUGUUCGGGUGCGUGCACUGCGGUGUGACGGCGGCCUUUCAGCGGUGGCGCGGCGUAGACGCGGCGAGUGCGUGGGCGGCGAUGCGCUUCCCGAGCCUGACGUACGUCGUGGCGCACGCGAUGCACCUCGGCAUCUUCUUCGGCUCCGUGUUUGCACUGGCGAUGCCCGGCGCCCGCGUGCAGCACUACGUGAUUGGUGCCGUUGGCGUGCUGUACGGAGUGGCGUUCCCUGCUGGUGUGUGCUACAUGAUUGCCCGCUACACGGGCGCGAGCUUCACGAGGUACUGGCAGUUUUCGAGGAAGCCGCUGCCCGAGCGCCUGCUGUACCCCGUCGGGUAUUGGCACCCCGCGGCGCAGCAGCGGAUGUACGGCGGCAUGCUGACGAACAUGAGGGGCAGCCGCGUGUACUGGUGCGUGUUUCAGCUGUCGGUGCUGUGCGUGGUGUGCCUGAUUGCGGCUGUGCACCCGUCCGUGGGAGGCUGCCACGUCCAGUACUUCUGCAUGGCGGCUGUGCUGCUUGCGGGUGCGGGCGUGGUUGCCUUCACGAACAUGAUGCGCUCGGCCUUCCUGACGGUGAUGCGCACGGCGAGCUUUGUGCUGCUUGCGGCGCUGUGCGUGGUCAGCGCGGCCAACCAUCUUGCGCCGAGCGACGGCGGUGCGAGGGCGUACGCGGCGAUCGUGCUGCUGCUGAUCGCUGUUCUGCUUGCGGCCACUGUGUACAGUGUCGUUGUGUGGCACGCGGAGGACUGUCACUGGCAGGAGCUGCGCGAGCCGCGGCGUGGUGUGCUGGAGGCGCUGCUGCGCGAUGACGAGGAGAACGACGAAGAGACGCAGAAGCUGCACGACAUGACGUCACAGUCGUACGCCUCAGGCACUACCGCUGCGUCGUCGUACCGACCACCCGCACCGCCGUUGCAGUCUGUGACCGGUGACACCCGCUCAGACUCCCUGAGCCUGUUCGACGGUGCAUCCAGUGCGAGCCGUAUGAUCGAUUACGCCGCUCUGUGA